AUGUGGGAGGCCAUACACACAUUAUAGGAAUUCACCGAGAGAGGUAGAGAGAGCUAAACGUUUCUACAUCUUAUUAAUCGUUUCACUCUCAUUUUCUCUCUCUAGGGUUUGUUAAGAUUGUUCCAUUUGUUGUGGGAAAAAUGUUCAUCCAGAGCUUUAAGGUAGAGAGCCCAAAUGUUAAGUACACAGACACUGAGAUUCAUUCUGUGUUCAACUAUGAAACCACAGAGCUUGUUCAUGAGAACCGCAAUGGUACCUAUCAAUGGCUUGUCAAGCCCAAAACUGUCAAAUACGAGUUCAAGACCCAAACCCAUGUCCCCAAACUAGGGGUUAUGCUUGUGGGUUGGGGAGGAAACAACGGUUCAACCCUCACUGGUGGUGUUAUUGCAAAUCGGGAAGGGAUCUCAUGGGCUACCAAAGACAAGGUGCAACAAGCCAACUAUUUCGGGUCACUGACCCAGGCAUCCACAAUCCGAGUUGGCUCUUUCAGUGGAGAGGAGAUUUAUGCCCCCUUCAAGAGCCUGCUCCCCAUGGUGAACCCAGAUGACAUUGUGUUUGGGGGUUGGGACAUAAGUGACAUGAACUUGGCAGAUGCAAUGGCCAGGGCUAAGGUCCUGGACAUUGAUCUGCAGAAGCAAUUGAGGCCUUACAUGGAAUCCAUGGUCCCACUCCCUGGUAUCUACGACCCUGAUUUCAUUGCUGCCAAUCAAGGCUCUCGUGCUAACAACGUGAUCAAAGGAACCAAGAAAGAGCAAGUUGAACAAAUCAUAAAGGAUAUUAGGGAGUUUAAGAAGGCAAACAAGGUAGAUAAGGUGGUGGUGCUGUGGACUGCCAACACAGAAAGAUACAGUAAUGUAGUUGUUGGCCUAAAUGACACCAUGGAGAACCUCUUAGCUUCCGUGGGAAAGAAUGAAGCUGAGAUUUCUCCUUCUACUUUAUAUGCUAUAGCUUGUGUUAUGGAAAACGUUCCUUUCAUCAAUGGAAGUCCACAGAACACUUUUGUUCCAGGGAUGAUUGACUUGGCUAUACAGAGGAACAGUUUGAUUGGUGGAGAUGACUUUAAGAGUGGGCAGACCAAGAUGAAGUCCGUACUAGUUGAUUUCCUUGUUGGGGCUGGAAUCAAGCCAACAUCAAUAGUUAGCUACAACCAUUUGGGAAACAAUGAUGGCAUGAAUCUCUCUGCUCCUCAAACCUUCCGCUCCAAGGAGAUCUCCAAGAGCAAUGUCGUGGACGACAUGGUGUGUAGCAAUGGUAUCCUUUAUGAGCCUGGCGAGCAUCCUGACCACGUCGUUGUAAUCAAGUAUGUGCCGUACGUUGGAGACAGCAAGAGGGCCAUGGAUGAGUACAUAUCAGAGAUAUUCAUGGGGGGCAAGAGUACAAUAGUGUUGCAUAACACAUGUGAGGACUCCUUGUUGGCAGCUCCAAUUAUCUUGGACUUGGUCCUUCUCGCUGAACUCAGCACUCGCAUUCAGCUCAAAGCUGAAGGAGAGGGCAAGUUUCACUCAUUCCACCCUGUGGCUACCAUCCUCAGCUACCUCACCAAGGCCCCUCUUGUACCACCAGGCACACCGGUGGUGAAUGCUCUGUCAAAGCAGAGGGCAAUGCUUGAGAACAUACUGAGAGCUUGUGUUGGAUUAUCUCCUGAAAACAAUAUGAUUUUGGAGUACAAGUGAAGAAAUAUAGUAAGAGGUUUAUGGAAGAUUGGUGAAUGACAACUUGCAUAGGACCAUCUUCCCUCAUCUUUUCUUUAAAUAUGAAGACAAGUGUUAAUGUUUAGAAAAUGUAGUACUUGUGUGGUAGACUGGUUAUCAGUCAGUGUUAUUAUCUUCUCUCUUUUUGUUUUUAGGAGGCGAUGGCAUGUGUAAUCUGUUUGCUUUGGCUCAGUUUAGAGCAAGCAAGCAAGCACCCCUUUCUACUGGAACAUAUAUAUAUAUAUAUAUAUAUAAUAUUCUAAAAUAGUUGUAAAAUUGUGUAUAAUAGAGCAAUAUCUACUUUAGGUCU